GUAAACUCUUGAGGGUAAACAUGUCCACUAUCCAUGGCUGGUAAUAAGGACGGCGAAAUUAAAGAAUUUUCAUUGAUGGGGCAAAUAGCAUCACGUUGUGUUAAAAAACAGGAAAGCUUCCUAAGUCCUAUGGCUGCUGCUGCACUGCCUUCAUUUGGUGUUGUAUAGAAACAGCAUUUAUUGAUCUGUAUUACAUUCCAGAGUAAUACCAUACAAAAAUAGUAGAGCUCAUGGCUAUAUGGCCUUUGAAUGAUAUCUUGCUAGUGCAGCUUUUGAUCAUAUUAUCUCCUGCAUACUUCCUAGAAGCUCAAAUUCAUGACUCCACAGCACAAAUAUCGACAUCAUGGACAAACAAUUUGUCCAUUCCAGCGGGAGACUUCGAUUUCUACCAAAUGAUCUUGAUGAUUGUAUCACUCCAAAUAUCACAUUAUCCAGAUGGUAGUUAUAAUUUCACUCUUGAGAAUGUCAUAUGGUUGGCAAAUGAAAAUAAGCCUGUUGGGCAGAACGCAACUCUAAAGUUACUUCCAGAAGGAAAUUUGGUUCUGAGAGAUGCAGAUGGAGCUUUAGUCUGGUCUACCAACACGUCUAACAUGUCUGUUGCAGGUAUAAAGAUGAUGGAAACAGGAAUGCUUGUGCUUCAAGGCCACAAUAAUAAGACUGUGUGGCAAUCUUUUAGUACUACAGCGCAUGUGUCCACUUCAUGGACGAAUAAUUAUCGCAUAUCAGCCAUGCCUUAUAAUCCAUAUAAAAUAAUCAUGAUGAACGGAGCUGUUUUUUCUUGUGGAUUUCACUCCAUGGACCGGAAUUCCUUCUAUUUUGCAAUAUGGAAGCAAUCGGAAUAUGCUCGGGAUGCCUUAUGGUUAGCAAACAGAAACAGGCCUGUUGGUGAGAACGCAACUUUACAAUUAUUACCAGAUGGAGAUUUGAUCUUGAGAGAUGCUGCUGGAACUUUCGUUUGGUCUACUAACACAUCUAACAUGUCUGUUGCGGGUAUGAGGAUGAUGGAAACUGGAAACCUUGAGCUCUAUGAUGUCAAUAACAAGACUGUUUGGAAUUCAUUUGAUCAUCCUGCUGACGUACUGUUUCUUGGGAACAAAUUAGUGGCAGGACAAAAGCUGGUGGCAAGUGUUUCGAAAACUGAUAGAUCUGAAGGUGGCUUCAGCCUUUUUGUGAUCCCACAAGGUUUGUUUGCUUCUUACCAAGCUACUGCGCCACAAAAGUACUUCAAAUUUUCAGUUUUUGGGGGCAUAGACAGCCUCCAACUAAGUCAUGAUGAAUCCUCUGGUAAUCUUGCUUUACUUAUAAUGUCAGCUUCACCUGAUGAGCCGAAUACAAUGCUUACAAGCACCGUUAAAUACUCAGCGACGGCUUACAUGAAAUUUGAUCCUGAUGGGCAUCUCAGAAUUUAUGAUGGCAACAUGAUUGACGGGGUUGAUCUGUUGACAGAUAUGAUGAGUGCAUGUGAUUACCCAACAACUUGUGGUAAUUAUGGGCUGUGCUUCAAUGGGCAGUGCUCGUGCCCAGCAGGUUUUGCUCGAGCCAAUACCCCAAAUGAUCAAGGCAACUACAAUUGCUGGCAGAUGAGUCCAACCACAUGUGAAAAUCCAAAAUCCCAUUCUCUUCUUCCCCUGGAAGAUGUCUACUAUUUCAAUUAUGUUGACCCUGAGGCGGCGGUCCUGAACGGAACAGACAUGAAGAGUUGUAAAGAUGCAUGUUUGAAAAAAUGUUCAUGCAACGCUGCUCUAUUUCAGUAUCACGGUAAUGAUUCUCAUGGGAAUUGUUUUUUGCCCUCACCAGUUCUUACACUAAUGGCUGAUGGCAAGGAAAGAAAUAAUUACUAUUCUUAUGCCUUCAUCAAAAUUUCUAAUGAUGGAGAGAAUGGAAGUGCUUUUACAUCUUCUAUCAAUCCUACAUCUUCUAUCAAUCCUAAAAUAAUAGCAGGAUCAACUAUUGGAGCCAUCCUUCUUAUGAAUUUAAUUGUUGGUCUAUGUAUUAUGGUUUUGAGGAAGAAAAGAGAUCGAGAGGAAGGAAUGGAAGACUUGAAUCAACUAUCAGGAAGGCCCAUGAGAUUCACAUACCAAGAACUAGGAGUAGCAACUUGGGAUUUCGAGAAGAAGCUUGGAGGAGGAGGGUUUGGAUCAGUUUUUGAAGGAAUUCUAGAAAAUGGAGAAAAAAUUGCAGUAAAGCGCCUAGAUGCUUUAGGCCAAGGGGAGAAGGAAUUCUUGGCUGAGGUCAAAACUAUAGGAAGCAUCCAUCAUGUCAACCUGGCGAGGCUAAUUGGAUUCUGUGCUGAUAAAUUGCAUAGGCUUUUAGUCUAUGAGUUCAUGUGCUGUGGGUCUUUGGAUAAGUGGAUUUUCUGCAGGGAACCACUACUACAUCCUCUGGACUUCCAAACUAGAAGAAACAUUAUCAUGGAUAUAGCAAAGGGGCUGGCCUAUCUCCAUGAAGAAUGCAGACAAAGAAUAGUCCACUUAGACAUCAAACCACAAAACAUUUUGUUGGAUGCAAAUCUGCAUGCUAAGAUCUCUGAUUUUGGCUUGUCUAAGUUGAUUGACAAGGAUCAAAGUCAAGUGGUGACCACAAUGAGAGGAACUCCUGGGUACUUGGCUCCUGAAUUAUUCAGCUCAGUCAUCACAGAGAAGGCAGAUGUUUAUAGUUUUGGAAUCGUAGUCAUGGAAGUCGUCUGCGGAAAGAAAAAUCUGGAUAGGUCACAGCCUGAGUGCAUGCAUUUGCUCCCUAUUCUUAUGAAGAAGGCACAGGAGGAUCAAUUGAUUGAUAUGGUUGACAAUAGCAGUGAGGAUAUGCAAUUGCACAGGUUAGAAGCUGUGGAGAUGGUGAGGGUUGCUAUUUGGUGUCUGCAAAGUGAUCACACAAGGAGGCCUAGCAUGUCAACCGUGGUUAAGGUCUUAGAGGGCAACAUGGGUGUUGAAGCAGACCUAGACUAUGGCCUUCAGAAUGCAACAACAAUGGCAGCAAUAAGAAGAGAGGCAGUGCUGGGCAGUACUGCCACAUUGCUGCCAUCACUACUAUCAGGACCAAGGUGAAGAAAGAUCUUUUGCGAAAUAUAUGUGGUGUUUAUGUUUCUCUGAUAGGUGUUUUACCUUCAGUUGUAUUUAUAUCGCUAUUGUAAUGUUAUCUGGGAAAUUGUUCAAUUAGCAUAAAGUGUGACAGGAAAGCAUGAAAAACUGCAAGAAACUCCCGGCUACAAUUAGCUGCUUACUACAAGUAAAAUAACUACCAAGUAAAUUCUAGCUCCAA